AUGGACUCCUCGGCAAAUCAUCAAUGGCUGGCAGAACUGGAAAACGAGGAUCUGGGAGAUGUCGACUUGAUCGACCCGCUGAGCAUGCAGCAGAUGGCUGAAUCCCUCGCCAACGAGCUCUGGAAUCAAGAACAGCAAGAACGACCGGAUCAACAGCAGCAAUGCGCGUGGCACACCGCAUCCACGGCGGGCUUCUCGUUUGUCGGGGACAUCAGCAAAUCUUACGCCGAGGGCUUCCCGACGGCCAUGAACGCAGGAGGCAGCAGCAGCAACAACAACAUGUUCUCCUUCACUGACGCGUCGAGGCAGCUGAGCUUCUCGGCACGGGAGCCGAAGGAGGGCAUCGCUGGCACCGCACCAUCAAUAAUGGAGAGGAAAGGUGGGCAGAGGGGAAGCACGAGCGUUCAUGAGCAUGCCAUCGCCGAACGGAAGCGGCGGGGGAAGAUGCACCAGCAGUUCGCGACGCUGGCAUCCAUCGUCCCCGACACCACCAAGACGGACAAGGUGUCGGUCCUGGACAGCACCAUCGAGUACGUGCACCACCUCAGGGACAGGCUCAAGGCCCUGGAGGAGGAGCACCACCAGAGCACGGCGGAGUCCCCUCCGCUGGACUCCCGCUGCUGCAUCGGCUCCGAGGAUGGUGACGGCGGCGAGGGGAGCCCAAAGAUCGAGGCAGACGUACGUGGGACCACGGUUUUGCUUAGGGUGGCCUGCCGGGAGAAGAAGGGGGUUCUGAUCAUGGUGCUGACGGAGCUGGAGAAGCAUGGCCUGUCCAUCGUAAACACCAACGUCGUGCCCUUCGCGGACUCGUCGCUGAACAUCACCAUCACCGCACAGGUGCUCCAUUUCCUCUUCCCAAAAUCACAACUGAUCCAAGACUACAGUAAUCAAUUUACUUGCUGCGAUUGGUGA